AUGCUUCCGAAUGAAAUUGAUCCGUACGAGUUCAAGUUUUUUGGAAAGGACAUGCUUCCACUGGCAGACACUCACAAUCUGUUCAGAAGCUCGCGGUUUCUGAAGAACAGUAGUGUCGUGAAGGCUGUAUCAAAGACAAACCAAGGACUUGUCAUGAUGGUUCGCAAUCCAGCAGAAUCGGUUAUAUACACGCCAGAAAAUAAGAUAACAUACAGCUCGAAGAACAAAAAAGCAAGCUUGAGGAACGUUGCAAGAAGAUUCUUGAAUGCAAAGAUCAUAGAUUUUGCAAUAAUGCGAUUUGGAAACUUUCAUUACUCUCUGUCAAGGUGGGAAAAGGACGUAUGCAGUUUAUGCAUUGUUGCAUGCAUCAACGGUCAAACAUCUGAGAAAAUAUUGCUCAAUCCACCUAUGAUAUUAGGAGCAGUUGUGGAGAAUUCGUGUGUGUCUGAUAGUGCGCCAUUUAGAUUCAAAGAUAUUGCUCAAUAUGGAAAGUCAAAAGAAUCUGGUGAGAGUAAUGACAUAUAUUUAAGGACGAAAGACAGUAAUAAGAUAAUGUUUUCACCUAAACUGAACGAUGUAAAAGUGAAUCCGAUUGAUGGAUUUCCAAAAAAGGACAUGUAUUCGUUGAAGUAUGACAUGAAUGGAAGUGUUUAUGGCGGAAUCAACAGGAGUGAUGUAAACACAAGUGAUAGUUGUAUGAUAGAUCUGAUGUCUGGCACUUCUGAGAUAGAAGCUGAGAAUCUUCAAUCCAGACCAUACAAAGAUGUAAAGGAUAGUGAAGGAAUGUUUGAAUACGUAAUAUCAAAGAUAAAGAAACUUUUCUGCAAUAAUACUACGAAUAGUAACGCAAGUACAAUGAAUAUGCAAACUAUCAGGCCGUGGGCUGUUAUUGAAGAAGAUGGAAUAAAGGAGCAUUUUAUAGAAACCCGUGCUGUAGAUUCAAGGUUGAAUUACUUGCCUAGAGAGGAAGGAACUGUUAAAAAGACAGAUUGUAAGAACAUAAUAAAGUUUGGGACAAUAAAUGAGGAAGGAAGCUUGGACUGUGUGCAAAAGACAGUGAAGUGUCUAUCUAUGGCAAACUUUGAUAGACUGGAAGCUUUCAUUUUCGGUGUUGCCAAGCACAUGAAGAAAAGUAAUGUCAACUACGUAGAAGUAUGUUCAGAGAUCGAUUUCUUUAUCUUGAACAAAAAAGGAUACAUAUACAUAUAUGCCAGGGACAUGCUCCACAGGAUGGAAAAUGAAUAUCUUCCAAAGUUUGGCAAUCUGUUCAGGAGGUUAGAACUCGAAGCCAUAUAG